AUACCAGGUUCAUGCCCGGUUACGCUGCGUGCAGAUACGGAGUUGUCCCCGCCGGUGCUACUAUUGCAUGGCCGGCCGGUGCUGCGCGAGCGUGGGGCAUGACCCCCGCACACGCACCCGCUUGUCGCCAUGAGAAAGACGUCAUUCGACGGCGGAGACAUUGCGUCUAUUACAAGUGGAUUCGAUAAUGACAGCAAAAAGCCUCUUGCAGGAAUACUGAAAACGAAAAGAAAUUCUAUUAAGAAAAAAGUACAGAAUUUCAGUCUAGAUUCAGAUGAUGGUGUUAUUGAGCCUCUUUUACAAAAAGUUAAGGAAAACACGGAGACAGGAAACCAAAGUGCCAAAAAUCUGUUGUCAAAAACAAAGAAUGACUCCAUAAUUGAAAAGGGAGACGACAAGGAGAAAUUACUUGCAGAUAAAAAAUCAGGCAUGCCAUCUAUGACUAACAUUCCUAGUAUAACAAAUAACGCAUACUUAGUUAAUGGGUCACACAAUGUGAAAGUUUCCAUUAAAUCAAAUGGAAGCAGCACAAUGCCAAUGCAUUCUCAUGGGAAUACCAGUAUGUUUAACAACGAUGCAUUGCAAGGUACGUACCCACCUAAAACUCAAAUACUUGUAGGAAUUGAAUCAACUAAACUAUCGAACUACAGCCCUAGUCCACUGAUUUUCACUACGGCUAAAAUUCACACGGAUGGAAAAUCAAAACAAAUGGAACCAGUACAUGUUACUCCUGUACCGAUUCUAUCCACUAUCGAAGCCAACGUUAUUAAAACUGGAUCAGUUAUUGAUUACACUACAGAUAUUAAUGAAACAUUGCGAAGAGAUAAUGAACAAAAUAUGCAAAAUAAUAUAUUCAGUAAGAAUCCAGUCGGUUCAGUACCGUUCCCGCGUGUUACAAGUAAUACAUCUUCAGAUGCAGUUACAAAAAAAAGUUCAGGAAACAAAGUUAUAAUAACUUGUGCAACUUUAAUCCAAGUAUCUCAAGCACCAAAAGUAAGUGAUGUUAAAGCAACUGAUGUUAAAAGUGCUCCCGUAACAUCUACUAUAAAUAUAACUCAAAGUACGCUACUCAAAAGUGAACAAUCUACUAGAACUUCUGCUAAACAUAUUCAAGAUAAUGCUAAAUCGACUGCUUUAAAUGAAAAUCCAAAGAGUGCUUUAGAAAAAAUAACGCCAUUAAUGUAUAAUAUUAAAACAGAUUACUCAAUUCUUACACCAAUUACAUCAAGUGUACAUGGUAUUAAUAAAUCGGAUAAUAUGAUUCACAAAAAAGUAUUAGAAAUGGAUAUUAAUAAGAAUAUUCAAAGCCCAAAGACUAUUACUUCACCAGUAGCAGGAACUUCGAACCUAAUCGAUUCUUCCUCUAGCAUAAAAUACAUACCUGAUUCAUCUGGGACAGGUAGGUUCACCAGACAAGUGAGUUGCUCAUUGAAGGACAAUAAAAUACAAAGUAAAAAAUACGAAACAGCAGAAAGAUGUUUUGAACCUGAUAAUAAACUAACUGCAUCAAAUCCAAACAAAACCAAUAAGACGUCAUCUUCAAAGGUAAACAGUGACCGUAAUCUAGCGUCAAAUGGCCUAAAUUUACAACAGCUGACGGCCAAGUCGAUUACUUCGAGUAUUACUACAGCCGCUUCUUCUGUAAUUUCGUCAAUUUCAUCUUCUGAAUCACCACAAGCUCAAAUUGUAGCAACUUUGUCUAAAGCUAUAGCUAUUACAAAAGAUUCGCCAGUUUCUGUAGUCAAAUCUUUAACUACUAAUGAUAUAAUAAAUUCGACAAGUAAUGUGGUGAAGAUGACAACCAAUGCAGAUACACAUGUAUCAAAUUCGGAGCAGACCCAAUCGGCGGCAAUUACAUAUACGACUAUCUCUGCGUCAGCUGUUUCCAAAUCUUUAACAGUAUCAACUGUCAAAACUCCAGCGAUGAUUACAACGUCUCAAUCGGCCGCCACAGCAAAAAAUAUAAAAAUUUCUGUAGCUAAACCAUUAAUUACCAGCAGUCUCGUAGCAGAAGCUAUGUCGGUGAAAAUGACAACGACGGCUGCUAACUCAACUUUAUCAAGUAUCGUCAAAAGCCAGCCAGAGGCCGAUACAAAAUCAACCUGCUCAGUAUUUCCAGCUCUAUCUAAACCUUCGUCAAUUGCAACUGCUAAAACUCCAAUAAUAACGCCCCAAUCGAUAACCACAGUAUCUCAAACAUCUUCAAAAUCCACUACAACAAGCGCAAAAUCAACAACUGCUCCGAGAAUGCCCCAGAAUUCCACAGCAAAAAAUGUAGUAGGUGACGCUAUACCUACAGCUACGAAACCGUCAACAGUAACAACUAUGAAGUCAUCAGCGGGACAAAAAGUCAACACAUCCAAACUAGCCACACCGAAAUCUUCAGCCGCAGUUGUAAGUACUGGUAGCACUACAAAAAAAGUAUCUAAUGAGCAAAAUGGUAAAAAAACUAGUGAUGGGUUCUCCGAAGAAGGCAAAGGUUCCAAAACCUAAAAUCAUUUGUUGUUAAUUAGGAAUGAAUACGCUCAACAUAAGGUAAUAUUUUAAUGCUUUUUGUGUCUAAAAACAUUGCUAUGAAAAUUUUGAUACAAUAACAAAUAACCAAUACUCAUACAAGAUUGAAUCUUUGAACUGUAUUUUAAAGAUUGUGAUCUUAAUAUACAAUCGCAUUUAAUUAAGUAAUGAGAAGCCUCCAAAACAUUCCUCGACACUUUUAAAUGAAUGAUCGGUAAAAAAUAGAUGUAUGUCAUGAACUGAAUAGAUGAUAAUGUAUUUUGUCUGCAGGACUGUGAGUGGAUUUGCCAAAUUAGUGAAUAAAUAUUUAAUGAUUGCGAUUUGGACUAUGUUAGGUUUGGCUAAUAAUUAACCAUAACCUAAUAUGUUAUUUGCUCAUGAAACAUAACGCAAGGAAUUGAGAAUUGAAAUGUAACUGAAUAAUUUUAAACGAGUGUUCAGAGAUUUAUCAACUUAUGAAUGAACUAAUUUGUACCACACGUAAGUGGUUUACUAUUAAAUAAAUGAUAUUCUUU